GUCCCGGAAUGGUCCUUUCCAGUGACAGUAGCAGCAUGGUGGAGGAAAACUCAGCGUGGAAAAACAUCAACAACGACUUAUUUCUGGAUUUAUACGGUUAUUCUUUUCAACAGCCACCUGCAGUUUAAGGUCUGAGGAUAUUAAACCGAGAAAGUCGAAGAAAAUCAACAGAGUUUCUGUUUCAGAAUGCCUCAUCGAAAGAAGAAAUCGUUCAUAGAGAAGAAGAAGGCCGUGACCUUUCACCUCGUCCACAGAAGUCAGAGAGACCCACUCGCUGCAGACGAGAAAGCCCCUCAGCAUGUCCUCCUGCCUGCAGCCAAGGCGGAUGCCGAGAAGAGGCGAGCAGAGCAGAGAGAGUUUGGCGUUUUCUUCGACGAUGACUACGACUACCUGCAGCACCUGAAGGAGGCGUCGGGCCCGUCCGAGUGGGUGGCUGCUGCGCCCUCGCAGGUUUCUCUACGUGAUGAAGAAGACGAGGAUGAAGAGGAGGAGGAAAGGGACAGUGAGAAGGCCACACCUGCGUCCUCCAUCAAGCUGCCAUCCUCCGUGUUCGCCUCCGAGUUUGAAGAGGAAGUUGGACUUCUGAACAAAGCUGCUCCGAUCUCGGGACCUCGGCUUGACAUGGACCCGGACAUUGUGGCGGCUCUAGAUGAAGACUUUGACUAUGAUGACCCUGACAACAUCCUGGAGGAUGAUUUUAUCCUUAAAGCCAACAGUUCCAGUAGAGCCGUGGACUUGGAAGAUGAAGAUAAUGAUGAUGAUGAUGAUGAUGAGUGGGAGGACACAGAUGAUGAAGGCGACUUUGACUCUGAGGGGGGUUUAUCAGGCGACGAGGAGGGCGGCCGCGAUCGAGAGUUUCUGUUCAUGGACGAGGAGACGAAGAGCCGGUUCACGGAGUACUCGCUGACGUCGUCUGUGAUGAGGAGGAACGAGCAGCUCACCCUCCUGGACGACCGCUUCGAGAAGUUUUAUGAACAGUUUGAUGAUGAUGAGAUCGGUGCUCUCGAUAACGCUGAGCUGGAAGGAUUCAUUGAACCGGACAGCGCCCGCCUGGAGGAGAUUAUCAAAGACUACUUCAUACAGAAAGAGAAGGAAUCUCUGCGGCCUGAUGAUCUGGGUCCAAAAGAACUUCCUGUCCUGAAGGAGGACGAGGAAGAUGACGAAGAGGAAGAGGAGAUGGAGAUGGUGGUGAUGGGGGCUCCAGAGGAGAAGUGGGACUGUGAAACCAUUAUCAGCACGUACUCCAACAUCUACAACCGACCAAAAGUCAUUGAGGAGCCUUCAAAGCCAAAGCCGAUCCGUGUGUCACAGAAGACGGGAAUCCCUCUGGACGUCCUUCCUGCUAAAGGUCUGACCAACAAACAGGUGGAGAGGAUGACCAGGAUCAACGACUCAGACCUGCCCCGAGUCUCCACACAGCCCCGGGACAAGACGGAGAGCAAAGAGGAGAGGAAGGCGAGGAAGCAAGCCGUCAAGGAAGAGCGCAAGGAGCGGAGGUCGGAGAAGAAGGCAAACAAGGUGGCGUUCAAAGAAGAAAAAGCCCGCCAGGAAAAGCAGCUGCUGAACCUACGAACGAACAUUCAAGGACUAAAGCUUUAGCAGUGCUCGAACUGCACAGACUUUUGUACUAUUUCCUGUUUAAUCAGAGGACUUGCUGCUCGCCGCUGCAGAGGAGACGUUCAAAAACGAUCCGGGGCGAGAGGACGGACCCGUGAGGGCGGGAUUCUCUCUGGUUUCCCAGAUGAAGCUCACAUAGUUUAAAAUAAGAAGUUUAUCUAGAGCAGUGGUUCUCAACUGGUGGGUCGGGAAGCUCUUUUCAGUGGGUCACAGAUGUCUGCCUGGGGAAAAAGCUUGCACCAAAUUGUCUACAAGACUCUAUAAAACAUGCAUGCUUUGUCCUGUUUCAUUGUUUUGUUAUACCUUUUUUACCGUCUUAGGCCCAAGCUCUACUAUUUUUUUAUCAAAUAUAUCUGGUCAACCAAAAAAAUCUCCCAAGAUUUGGGUCGCAGUUCUCCUUGAGGAGUUGAUGGUGAGUCCCGUGACACAACCAGUUGAGAACCACUGAUCUAGGGUUAACCAGCCGAGCUCAUCAUGCUGCAGCAAUCUAAAAUAAACCUGCUCAUAGUAAAAAA